CGUCAUAUGUUUAGUUUGCCAUCGACCGACGCUCGGACAGAAUGUGAGAGAGUGCGCGUCGGUAAAAAUAACUCGCUUAAGUACCAGAAUGGGCAUUAUAAGUUGAAAAUGGAGUUGAAAAUAUGUGAUUUCCAGUAAACAAAUAUACAGUGAACGCAAUUAAUUAAUUGCGCAGUGUAAAACUUCAAACCUUUUUGUGUCUGCGUUAUAAAACACAAACAUAAUCUCAUGUACAACAGUGAAAAAACCAUUUGACGAACACAAACACCAACACGAAGGCGUAAAUCCAAGCACAAAAAGUAAUUAGCAUGAGUAACACGCGUGGCGGAAGCACGACGCUAGAUUUAGCGCCAUUGCUCGACAGCAGCAACCACAGUGAUGAUGAAGGCGGUGGCGGAGGGAAAGACAUUUCCUCCCGCUCGAAUGGCUCCCAUUCAAAGGAACUGCGCAGCGGCAGCUUCAGCAGCAGAGAGGAUCGUUCCAUCUAUCUGAAGAAAGUGGGCAGCGCUCUGUUCUACGGCUUGGCCUCGUUUAUGAUCACAGUGGUCAACAAAACAGUGCUCACAUCCUACAAGUUUCCCUCGUUUCUGUUCCUCAGCCUGGGUCAGCUGACUGCCAGCAUUGUGGUGUUGAGUGCGGCCCAACGCUUCAAGCUAGUCUCGUAUCCGCCCCUGCAGCGAAACACGUUCACAAAAAUCUUUCCACUGCCGCUGAUCUUCCUCGGCAACAUGAUGUUCGGCUUGGGUGGCACACAGGCCUUGAGUUUGCCCAUGUUUGCGGCGUUGCGUCGCUUCUCUAUACUGAUGACCAUGCUCCUGGAGCUAAAAAUACUCGGCGUGCGACCCUCGACUGCCGUACAGGUCAGCGUGUAUGCCAUGAUUGGUGGCGCCCUGCUCGCGGCUUCCGACGAUCUGUCCUUUAACAUGCAAGGAUACACGUACGUAAUGAUAACGAAUGCGUUGACCGCCUCGAACGGCGUGUAUGUUAAGAAGAAACUAGAUACCUCGGAGAUCGGGAAAUAUGGACUGAUGUUCUACAACUCAUUGUUCAUGUUUGUGCCCGCCCUGGCGCUGAACUUUGUGACUGGUGAUCUGGAUAAAGCGCUCAACUUCCAGAGCUGGCACGAUCCUUACUUUGUGGUGCAAUUCCUACUCAGCUGCGUCAUGGGUUUUAUACUCUCGUACAGCACCAUUCUCUGCACGCAAUUCAACUCCGCACUGACCACCACUAUCGUGGGCUGCCUUAAAAACAUCUGUGUAACAUAUCUGGGAAUGUUUAUUGGGGGCGACUAUGUCUUUUCAUGGCUUAACUGCAUUGGAAUCAACAUCAGCGUGCUCGCCAGCCUGCUCUACACGUACGUGACCUUCCGGCGGAAGCAGGCGCCGGAUAAACAAACACAUCUGCCCAACACUCGCGGCGAUACUGUUUAAUUUUAAUUCUAGGUUUAUACGAAGCACCAGGAUCGUGAAUUUCAUUAUGUUAUUGUAAUUAAAAUUGAAUUGAAUUUGUUUCGAUAUAAAAAGUGCAAUGUUAUAUACAUAUUGGUUCAAUAUGUGUCGGCUCACGGUUUUCUUUCCUUCGUAUAAUCGUGAAAUAGUUUCCCAUAGCUCGCUGCAAUUUUGCCAAAGCCAUAAUUUGUUAUAUUUUACGCAAAUGCGAUAUAUAACUGAAGUAUAUUUGUAUUUUAUAAAUCACGCAAGCCCAUUUGCACUGUACAUAGUAAUAUAUUUAUGUAUGUGUAUGUAUUUUUAGUGAUUAGCUAUUAACAAUGUAUUGACUGUGUAAAUUAAUGCUUCAAUUUUUAUACACAACACUUGCAAGUGUUUAA